AUGUGGUCCGUACGGUUACUCGCCGUUGUUUCCCUCUUUGUGUAUUGUGUGGUCGGUGAAGAAAAGAAGGAGGACUACGGCACUGUUGUUGGAAUUGACUUGGGAACGACUUAUUCAUGUGUUGGUGUGUUUCAGAAUGGACGGGUGGAAAUAAUUGCAAACGAUCAAGGAAAUCGGAUUACACCGUCGUAUGUCGCAUUCACAGCCGAGGGCGAACGGCUUGUCGGAGAUGCUGCGAAAAAUCAGCUGACGACAAACCCGGAAAAUACCAUUUUCGACGUGAAGCGACUCAUUGGCAGAACGUUCAAUGAAGAGUCUGUUCAAAAGGAUAUCAAACAUUUUCCGUUUACAGUUAUUAACAAGAACGACAAACCAUACAUUCAGGUGAAGGUUGGCUCGGAAACACGCACGUUCGCUCCGGAAGAAAUAUCGGCAAUGGUCCUCGGUAAGAUGAAGGAAAGUGCUGAAGCUUAUUUGGGCAAACCAGUCACGCACGCCGUCAUCACUGUUCCCGCCUACUUUAACGAUGCACAGCGACAAGCCACAAAGGAUGCUGGUGUUAUCGCUGGUCUUAAAGUGCUGCGAAUAAUCAACGAGCCUACGGCUGCUGCCAUCGCAUAUGGUUUAGACAAAAAGGAGGGUGAAAAGAACAUUCUGGUGUACGAUUUGGGUGGAGGCACUUUUGAUGUUUCCUUGUUGACCAUUGAGAAUGGCGUGUUCGAGGUAGUGGCAACCAGUGGUGAUACGCAUUUGGGAGGUGAGGACUUUGAUCAGCGAGUGACUACCUACCUUCUUAAUUUGUACAAAAAGAAGACAGGAAAGGAUGCUAGUGGCGACAAGCGGGCAGUUCAGAAACUACGUCGAGAAGUUGAGAAAGCCAAACGUACCCUCAGCACUACCCAAACCGUCCGUCUAGAGAUAGAGUCCUUCUACGACGAUGAACCUUUCUCCGAGCAAAUAACUCGGGCACGUUUCGAAGAGCUGAAUGCCGAUCUGUUCUUAAGCACAUUGACUCCAGUGAAACAGGUAAUGAAAGACAGUGGCUUGGAUGAAUCAAGCAUACACGAGAUUGUUCUGGUUGGGGGGUCGACUAGAAUCCCUAAAAUCCAGCAACACAUCAAAGAAUACUUCCAUGGCAAAGAGCCUAGCCGUGGAAUUAAUCCGGAUGAAGCGGUGGCUAAUGGUGCUGCCGUCCAGGGAGGUGUUAUCAGUGGAGUGGAGAACACAGGUGGAGUUGUACUUCUUGAUGUUUGUCCGCUGACCCUUGGAAUCGAAACCGUCGGUGGUGUUAUGACUAAGCUGAUCUCGCGAAACACAGUAAUUCCAACGAAAAAGUCGCAGGUAUUUUCCACUGCUGCUGACAACCAACCCACGGUUACCAUUCAAGUGUUUGAAGGAGAAAGGCCGAUGACGAAAGACAAUCAUUACCUCGCAAAGUUUGAUCUUACAGGAAUCCCUCCAGCUCCUCGCGGUGUACCUCAGAUAGAAGUCACCUUCGAAAUCGAUGUGAACGGUAUCCUGCAGGUUACUGCCGAAGAUAAGGGCACUGGACAGAAGAAUAAGAUCGUGAUCAACAAAGAUCAGAAUCGUUUGAGUCCCGAGGAAAUCGAGAAAAUGAUUAAGGAUAGUGAACUGUUUGCCAAAGAGGACGCCAAACUCCGAGAAAGGGCGGACGCAAAGAAUGAGCUCGAAGGUCACGUGUAUCGUUUGAAGGGACAGUUGGACAACGAACUCAAAGACAAGCUUAGUGCAGAAGAUAAGAAGGCGAUCAGUGAAAUCGUUGAAGAGACGAUCACUUGGAUUGAGCAAAACCCGCAAGCCGAAACUGAGGACUUGAAAGAACGCAAGAAAAAGGUCGAUGACAUAGUGUCCCCCAUAAUUACGAAGCUUUACGGACAGGCGGGACCACCACCACCGACAGAACAACCCGGCAAAGAUGAGUUGUAA